CUUUUACUUCAUCAAAUCAUAAAAGCACACAAUGGGACCAAAAAAGGGCAAACUAGACGCGAAGAUGGCAGCGAAAGCAGCAGGGAAGGCAAACGCAGCGGCGGACGCCAAGUCGAUGAUGGCCUCGGGGCCUCCGCCGAAGCCGAAGAAGAUCCCCCCGCCUCCGGCUUGCUUCACCCCAGAGGACAUCGUGAGGUACAAGGAAAUGUUUAAGGCACAUGAUGAAGAUAACUUGGAAAAGAUACCAAUAAAGCUCAUCCCACUGAUGCUAAGAAAGCUGGGCUUCAACCCCAAAACCGAGGAAGUUAAGGAGAUGUUCCGCCUGUUCCUCGAAGACGACCUGGUGGAUAUGGUGGAGCUUCACGAGUGGUACUUCAUGAUCGAAGCCAAGCUGCAGUGGGGGGACGACAUCGAGCACGAGGUGACCAAAGCCAUGCAGACUUUGGGACACGAUGAUGAGGAAACAGGGUUGUGUGCCUUAGAUGUUCUUAAAACAGAGCUGUUUACGUGGGGGGAGCCGUUUUCGGAAGAAGAAUUCGUAGACUGGGUCAAACUGGCGAUGAAAGACAAAACUUACGACGUGAAUUCUGGAGGGUUCAAUUAUGUCAAGUUUAUUGAAAAUAUGAACGCGAAGGACGACAGAGCGAAUAAGGAACCAAUAAACUACUUCAAGCUAGACCAGAAGACUCUGGCCGCCUUGGCUAUAAAGAAGGCUCAAGAAGAGAAGGAGGAACAGGAGAAGAAGGAAGCGGAGAAGAAAGCGAGAGAAGAGGCCAAGAGGCUGAAGUUGAUAGCUGAUGGGUUACUACAACCCGAUUAGUUUGGGCCCAAAUGGUUUCAUGGUAUUCCAAAUACAGGUUUAUAAAUAAAAUUUUGGAAUCACAAAAUAUAAAAAUAUCGUAAAAUAUGAAAAAUACCUUUUGGUUUGAA